AUGAACGAAAAAAUCUUUAAUAGAAUUUUUUUGCGUUAUAAUAAACGCUUGAUACCCUGUAUUCAUUACACACGUCGCCAUAUUCAUCGUGCCAGUAUACCACCCGCUGUGAGCAACAUUAGCAGUAAGCGCCAAGUAUUUCCUCAUCGGGGUGCCAAGGAUCCUAUAGCUUUACAACGCUUGCUAAAAAAACCAACAAAGCUUCAAGAAAGCCUCCUUACUGCUAUUAAAGAUAGAGAUACCCGUGCUGUUUACAAAGCUUAUAUGGAUCUCAAAGAGAGCAAUCAGCUUCACCUUUUACCGAAAACAAUACACUCCAUGGCUCUUCAGUCAUUCCAACUCAAAUAUCUUGUUGCCUUUCAACCUCACGAUGUUGAGCGUUACCGUGUCUGUAUUAUGAACAUAUUAGAGCAAAUGGAAAAGCACUAUUCCACAAAACCUGAUGUUGUAGACUACAAUUUCGUGCUGGAAUUCUACGGUCGAGGCAAGAUAUGGCGGAAUAUUCAUUCUAUUUGGAAAAAGAUAAAAAAUCCGGAUACGUACAGUUAUAAUUGUUAUAUGUUUGCAGCAAACCAGAAAAAACAUUAUAACUGGACUCUACAGCUGUUACAAACAAUGAAAAAUGAUCAAGUUGAACCAGAUGAAACGACUUAUAAUUUGUUAAUAGAAGCCCACGGAGGAAAAGGGGAUGUAUCAGCAGCCACAAAAGUAUUUCAGCAAAGAUUUACGCAGCCCACAGGGACAACAUCUAUAUCAUCAUCAGUAAUGCAAUCAACCAAUAAUGCUGAAAAGCCGAAAAAAACCUCAUUUAUACAAAGCCUAUUCCAACCUUUCCAUGAAGAAGAGCCCACGUUUUUACCUUCAAAGGAUACUUUCAUUGCACUUAUAAAAGCUUAUGGGCAAAACAAGAAAGUGGAAGGAUUGGACUAUGUAUAUAGGCGCCUCUUACCGCUCUACAAUGUCGAACCUGAUCUCAAAAUGUAUAAUGCGUUGAUUGAAUGGUAUGUGCAUUCGGACAAAGUCGAUACAGCACGCGCUAUCAUCAAAGAGAUGGAGGAAGUGAAAGGUAUGAAGCCGGAUGUGAGGACAUUCAAUUAUUUAUUCCGUUACGAAGCCAAGAAGUGCAAUCGACCGGGCAUUGCUGAGAAGCUGAUUCAAUACAUGAAGGACAAAUACCAGCUUCAGCCUUUGCCAUCAAUGUAUAAAACGUUGAUCAAUAACCAUAAUGAAAAUCGACGUUUAGAAGAAUCAAGAAGAUUACUAGAUGAUUAUAUUUCUACUAUGUCAUUCAAUAGACGCUAUCCAGAAGAGCAUGACAGCGCAAUGAAUGAAACAGCUAAUGAUGCCAAUGUGAUUCCCAUGAAACAGACAUGA